ACUUCAUUCUUCAGAGGUAUAAGAGGCCACAUCCUAUUCUGGGCUUCAUAAAGAGGAACCUUCAACAGCUCACAUACAGAGCUUCUGCCUCAAAGGACCACUCAUUGAAGAAUACAUUUUAAAAAGUCAUGCAAAGACAGUGGAGUGAUCAGCAGACGAUUAGUGGUAGGUCUGUCUGAGACAUCAUGGAGGGUAACAACAGACAACAGAGAGAAAGAUCAGAAGAAAGAUCCCCAGAGACGUCUCCUAUGACGGUUCCGGUAACCCAGCCACGCUCCUCAAUGUUCUCCUGCUGUUUGGGGAUGGCAUCUGAUGAACCUGUAGGCGUCCCAGCUAGUAAUGUAACACAAGGCUCUAUUAUGAAGCAGCCCACCAGACAGUCUUAUAUCAACAACCCAGACACCAGCGAACGCAUAAUACGAUUGGAGAAUACUGAGCUGCAAAUGUUGCCCACUGGUGCCAAGAGGUUGAACAACACCCCACAACCAGGGCAGCCAGAGCCUUCUAAUAAGAUGAAGGAUAAAAGAGGGGACCAAGAUGGAAGGAACGAGCUCAACCAGGGGUCCAGUCAGAAGGAGAACCAGGAUCAAAAGAUCAAGUUUCUGAUCAAUGUGCCCAUGUGGGUCCCACUACCUGACAACAACCGACUGGACCAAAUCCAGUCACAGGUUCAAAGGUUACUGAAGUUGUUGGAGGAUACAGGAUUUAAGGAGGAAGAUGAGGAGCACCUGAAAGAUGUGGCCAUCAUCAUUGGCCUCAAUGGCAAAGAUUCUCCUGAGCUCAGGAAGCAGCUGACAAUGCUGAUGAACAUAAAGGAGAAUACGGUAUUGAAGUUUAAAAAGAUUUCAUUUGCCUGGGGACCAAAUG